AUGUGCAGUUUGGAAGAAGAAGAGGAAGAGGAAGAGGAGGAGGAAGAAGAAGAAACCUGCUGCCAAACAGAAAAGAGAUGGUACUAUCAAUUACAUACAAAUGAAUAUAGCUGCCGCACGAAGACUGCGGCUGUGCUGGCACCUGUUCUGGUGUUAUGUGCUUUUGUUUUGGGGUUUUACAAUGUGGAAGCAAAAUCGGACACCCUGAGCUCUCUGGAUUCUUCUUUUUGUUAUGGUGAACUUCAGGUGAUCUAUCCAGGACUGGACAUUGACAAAUGCCUGGUGAUUCCAAAAAAUCAGAAUCUCCGAGAAAAAGUCUCCACAGUUUGGAAAGCUCCUCAGGUUUACUACUCUGGAGCUCAAAAGAAAAAGAUGUAUGUUCUGGUGUUGGCUGACCCUGAUGCUCCGAGCCGUACUAAACCAACAUCUGCUUACUGGAGGCACUGGCUGGUCGUGGAUAUAAAGGGAGAUGGACUCAAGAAAGGCGAGAUACAAGGGAGGACCCUCACUGACUAUACUCCUCCAACCCCACCACAGAAGUCUGGUUUUCACCGCUACCAGUUCAUGUUGUUUGAACAGCCUCCAGACACACCAGUGUCACUCACCGAGCCGGAGAAGUUGUCCCGCGGUAAAUGGGAUCUUCAGGCCUUCAUCACAAGGUUUCAUCUGGGAGAGCCUGUGGCCACCCUGCAGUUUCUCACCCAAAACUACAAAGACUGAAGAUGCUCAGAUGCCUGAAAUAUAUCAAUACAAUCAUAGUAAACAAGAUGUUUCCCCACUUUUCUCUGUAUUAAAAGGCAUCAGUUCUUCAAAGCUUGCAACAGGUCUGCCCUCUUUGCCUCUAUCUUAUCGCUGAGUUCGAGAGAGAUUUCCUCUUUGUGUUACAACCGCUGCUGGGUUUUGAUGUUGCCCUGGAUAUCUGUAAUGUGGUCUGCAGCGAAGGAUUUGGGAGAUAGAUUUUGACCUCACGGGGGAUUUCUUAUUAGUUUCCGAACUCUCUCGGCAAGAGAAGGAAGACGGCCUGAUAUCAC